AUGUACAAAAAGUUUUCAUAUCCAUUGUCAGAGAAAGAUGUUGCUUUGUUAGAGCCUUACAAAUAUAUUUCAGAGACACCAGGUAAGGGUAUCAGAACCAUCUUGAUCGAAGCAUUCAAUCAUUGGUUAAAGGUAGACAGUGAAUACGUUAAAAAGGUUGCUGAUAUCGUUCAAGCACUUCAUAUGUCUAGUUUAUUAAUCGAUGAUAUCGAAGAUAAUUCUAAACUUAGAAGAGGUAUGCCAGUUGCACAUGACAUCUAUGGCUAUGCUCAAACUAUUAACUGUGCCAAUACAGUGUAUUUCUUAGCGAUGGAUGAAUGUAAUAAACUAGGAAAGCCUGCUGCUACUACAAUCUUUAUCGAGGAGAUGAUCAGAUUGCACAGAGGUCAAGGUUACGAUAUCCUAUGGCGUGACACCAACUCUUGUCCGACAGAAGACGAAUAUAAAGAAAUGGUUGGUGAGAAAACUGGUGGUCUUUUUAGAUUAGGUUUACGUUUACUACAGACUUUUAGUGAGAAUAAAACAGAUUACUCAAAGUUGGUAGAAGAUUUAGGAUUAUAUUAUCAGAUAAGAGAUGAUUAUAUCAAUUUGGUAUCAGCUGAUUAUCAAGUUAAUAAAAGUUUUUGUGAAGAUAUAACAGAAGGAAAGUUUUCAUUCCCUAUUAUCAAAGCAAUUCACUCGAAUCCAUCGGAUCAUAGAUUACUCUUGAUUUUGAAACAAAAGACAGAGAAUAUAGAAGUAAAACAACACGCAUUGGAAUAUAUAAAGAAAUCGGGUGCUCUCAAAUAUACAAAAGAACAAAUGGAUAUCACCCGAGAGAGAAUCAUCACUCAAAUUUCACAGUUGGGAGGAAAUCCUUUCCUUCAAAAGAUUUUAGAUAAAUUAGAUCAAUCUGGAAUUUAA